UCGAGUUAUCAAGCAUCACUUUAGAAGGUCCGGGGAAACUGUAAGCAGAGCAUUUCAUAGUGUUUUAAAUGCCAUCAUACGCUUACAAGAUGUCUUAUUUAAAAAGUCGAAGCCAAUUACCGCCGAUUCUUCUGACACAAGGUGGAAAUGGUUUAAGAAUUGCUUAGGUGCUCUUGAUGGAACCCACAUCAAGAUUAGGGUGCCAACAGUUGAUAAACCUAGAUAUCGAACCCAAAAAGGUGACAUAGCAACAAAUAUGCUAGGUGUUUGUACACCUGAGAUGCAAUUUGUUUAUGUUCUUCCUGGUUGGGAAGGUUCAGUUGCCGAUGGACGGGUGCUUCGAGAUGCCAUUAGUAGAAGACAUGGACUAAAAGUUCCUCAUGGUUGUUAUUAUCUAGUUGAUGCUGGAUACACAAAUUGCGAGGGAUUUCUUGCACCAUUUAGAGGACAGCGAUAUCAUCUGAACGAGUGGCGUCAGGGUUAUCAACCAAGUUCUCCGCAAGAGUUUUUUAAUAUGAAACAUGCCUCAGCACGUAAUGUCAUUGAAAGAUGCUUUGGCUUAUUAAAACUUAGAUGGGGAAUACUUAGGAGUCCAUCGUUUUAUCCUGUAAGGGUGCACAAUAGAAUUAUUAUUAUUGCAUGUUGUUUGCUCCAUAAUUUUAUUCGAACCCAUAUGAGUAUUGAUCCCAUUGAAGCGGAGGUGGGAGACGGAUUACCUACUAAUGUGGUGGAUGCCGAUGAACCGCAUAUCACAAAUAUUCAUCUAUCGGAUGCUUGGGCUACUUGGAGGAUGGACCUAGCCAACCAAAUGUUCGAUGAAUGGCAAGCAUCUAGAAAUUAGUUAGGUUUAGGGACAAAUUCAGUUUGAAUUGAUU